UCAUCCUCCUCCCGGAUGUUGAUCCAUCCGUCAGUAACCCCUGAGUGUGGGGGCUUACACAUAAUGUCACUGGUUCAUCGGAUUUAACAGUGUCUAUUCGGCUUUUGGUACCGCAAAAAACCCUGGAGAUGGAGGUUCUAACCCCGCGAGUUUACUGGGCUCAACGGCACAAGGACAUAUUUCUGCGGGUUGAGCUGAGCGAUGCUUCGAAUGUUGAAGUCAGUCUUCAAGAGAACAUCCUUCACUUCACAGCCAUGGGUCAUGGAGCUCGAGGGGAUAAUGAGUACCAGUUCAGUUUGGAAUUCCUGGAACCUGUCCAUCCGGAGGCCAAGUACAACUCCAACCAGCGACAGGUUGACAUCAAAGUGAAGAAGCAGAGCGAGCGUUGGUGGGAGCGACUGACCCUGCAAGAGAGGAAGCCAGUUUUUCUCUCUCCUGACUUCGACCGAUGGCUGGAUGAGUCCGACGCAGAGACGGAGCGUCAGGCCAAAGAUGACGAUAAUGGAUUCAUGCUGGGGAACAAUAUACGAGUGGAGUCAAGGAUUCGCAAAGACCCAUACGUGGGUCUGAAGAAGGGUUACUUGUUCAUGUACAGUCUGGUACAGUUCCUGGGAUUCUCCUGGAUCUUCGUCAUCAUGACCGUCCGCCUCUUUGUUCUUGGUGAAGACUCUUUCUACGACACGUUCGACAACAUCGCUGAUAUGAUGUAUUUCUGUCAGAUGAUGGCAGUGCUUGAUGUCAUUAACCCCUUGCUGGGUUUGAUGAAGUCUGGCGUCUUCCCUGCGAUGAUACAGGUUGCGGGGAGAAACGUCGUUUUGUUCGUCAUCUUUGGCAGUCUGGAACAGAUGCAGAACAAACCUGUGGUCUUCUUCGUCUUCUACCUGUGGAGCGCCAUUGAGACCUUUAGGUAUCCGUUCUACAUGCUGGCGUGCAUCGGGAUGGAGUGGAAGCUGCUGACGUGGCUCAGAUACAGCCUGUGGAUUCCUCUGUACCCGCUGAGUGUCGUCGCUGAAGCCGUGGCGGUGGUCCAGUCCAUGGCCAUCUUCGACGAGACACGCUUGUUCAGCCUUCCGCUCCCUGCAGUGCUGGGUCACUCGCUCAGCUUCUCCUACACACUUCAGCUCUACCUCGUCAUCAUGUUCCUGGGUCUCUUCAUCAACGUCCGUCAUCUGUACAAGCAGAGAAGGAGACGGUUCCGCUCCAGAAAGAGGAAAGUCCAGUAAAAGAAGAACAUUUUGCUCGUAAAGACUUUCAACAGUGUCACAGUUAUCCUCUCCAUUAUGCCUUCCUCCUGCAACAAGCCUCAUUAUGAAGGUGUUUGACAAGUUCCUACGUUUACACAUUGGUUGCUGAAGGACUUUUUUAAAACCCUCAUGUACCAAAACCACCACAGUGUAUUUGGUGUGGACAAGCUUUCCUCACUACCAGUACUACAAUUGGAUGAAAGUAGAGAGGUAUUAGAGCAGGUGAAGCUGUGCUGAAUGUUUGUAUGUGUUGAAAGUUACAAUAUUACCCAAGAGGGUUAUUUAUAUGUUUAAGUUAUAGAUCAAGGUUGGUGAAGCAGGUGAGCUGUGAACUGGGUUCUAACACGCAGUUGAAUUUCUGUGUUUGACUCCACCGCGUAGCUUCCACUUCAGCUUCAACCAAGUCAUAAACAGUUGCAUCAUAUCUAUGCCUUUGUAUCUGGACCUUGCUGUGAGUGUGAUACUGUUUUGUUUUUGUUAAAUUCAUCCACGGAUGAUUUGGGUUUCACCAAGGAAGUGCUGGCCUUUUUAACAAUAUAAACUGACCGUGUGAUUCCCUCCGCCUUUAUUGUUUAUUUCGGUUCAUGAUGUAUGUUUUAUCUUUGAUAACUGAAUAAACUAUCAUGGCCAGCAAACAA